UGUCAGUAUUCAGUGGGAGGGUAGACAGCAGCAGCCCCGGAGCUAAAACCAACGUGACAGACCGGAGUCUCAAUAACACCACCCGAACCGAGAGCAGCAGUUCCAGAGAAACCUUAAUACUGCAUAUGGAGACUACCAGUUGUCAUUUGUCGACUGCUGCAUAAGGAUAACGAUUCAGCCGGCUCGACAGCAGCGAACGCGAACCGCAGUGGAUGUUGUUGCAUUGUUCACGUGAAAGGAAGAAACUCGCUGGUUUGCAGCGGAUCCGCGUGCAGUCGACCGGAACCGGACUCGGUUGUUGAUUUGUCAUAAUGUUUUAUCACGGGAUACAUCGUUGCGCUGGAUACCGAAUUUAUUAGUCACUGCAUCACGCUGGAUUCAACAGCCCCGUUUUGAACUUGGCCUGUAGAGCAAAUAUGCUUAGCACGAUGAACGCAUAGCUGUGCUAAAUUUAUGGAAUUUAUAUUUUCUGACCAUUCGGUCCUCUAGCCGUGAUUCUUUUGGUCUUUACAACUAUUCGGCGAUCGUUAGCUCUAUUAAAUUAUUCGCUCGGUCAACUCAAGCAACUGCAGCUGUCGCUUUGUCUACAUCAGAGGGGAAUGGAGACGACGAUACGAAAGUAAACCUGGACCUGGUUUUUGGGUUUCGGAGCCAGGUCUCCUGCACUCUGAAGGUCUGAAGAAUAUCAAGGCUCUUGCCCUUUUCCCUCUUGCGGUCCCUUAUGCCCAAUGACAGCUGUCUCCGGGUCACUGCAGGAUGGAUGAAGUGGAUCUGACAGUUUUUGUCUGUCACCAUCAGUGCUUGCCUCUCAGUGACUGUGUCUUGUUCUUUUACGUUUAUAAAAGAACACCUCCUCUCUUGGGCUCUGGCCCCUUACACUGUAAGAGUAACUGUUAGUAAGGAAUACCCCACGGAGGGGGCCUUCCAGCAAACUCUGUGGUUCACGUGAGCUUUUAUUACUUUUUUUCAUAGGCUUUUUUGUGCCGCAGUAAAAAGCAGAAAGAAGAAAUUUUUGCAAAAGGUCAAGGUUUACAUUUGAGUUUUUUUUUUUUUUUCAUAAUAAUUUAUUUAUAAAUUUCUUUUUUUUUUUCCUGGAGAGAUGUCAUCGGAAAAUCCCAACAAGGUGGUGACCUUCUUGGCCCCUCCACCUCCAAAGAAUGUGAAUGGCUCCGGUUCGGACUCACUGGUGGGUGAGAAGCUAGACACGGAGGUCAGAAAACGACGCCACACCAUGGAUAAAGAUCUGAAGACGGCUGAGCACAGAUUUUUUAGGCGUAGCGUCAUCUGUGACUCCAAUGCCACAGCCCUCGACUUGCCCAGCAAAGCCUGCAUCCUCACCUCGCCUCCGGACUGUGAGCAGUUUGUUGUGCCUGCAGUGCUGGGUUCGGCCCCUGAUGUUACCAUUGACACCCAAGUGGGUGUUUCGGGUGUCCUAUUGGAAGAACAUGCAGAGGAUGGAAGAGCUGCUGGGGUUGAUGGGAUUGUGGAGGUACAGAGCCCAUCUGUGCAGGAUGUGGGUGUGAGGCAGAUCGAGGCCCUUGGGAUGGCAGAGACGGAGCCCAGCGAUGUGGGUGACAAGGAGCAGGAGAGUGGAGUAGCAGACAAACGUGAAGAGGAGGAGAAAGGGGUGGCGAAGGCCCGUGCUGAAGCUGAGCAGAGGGAGGCUGAGAAAAAGGUUCAGGAGGAUGAAGAAGUGGAAACCAAAGCUGUGGGCACCUCACCUGAUGGGCGUUUCCUCAAAUUUGACAUCGAGAUUGGACGCGGCUCGUUCAAAACCGUCUACAAGGGUUUGGACACGGAGACAACGGUGGAAGUAGCGUGGUGUGAACUUCAGGAUCGGAAGCUUUCGAGAUCAGAGCGCCAGCGCUUCAAGGAAGAGGCUGGCAUGUUGAAAGGUCUGCAGCACCCAAACAUUGUGCGUUUUUACGACUCAUGGGAGUCGCCCUCCAAAGGCCGCAAGUGCAUUGUGCUGGUCACAGAGCUCAUGACGUCAGGAACCCUAAAAACGUAUCUGAAGCGCUUCAAGGUGAUGAAGAUAAAGGUGUUACGGAGCUGGUGCCGGCAAAUCCUGAAGGGCCUGCACUUCCUCCACACCAGGGCUCCACCCAUCAUUCACCGGGACCUUAAGUGCGACAACAUCUUCAUCACCGGCCCUACCGGCUCCGUUAAGAUCGGUGAUCUGGGCUUGGCCACCCUCAAGCGCUCUUCAUUCGCUAAGAGUGUCAUAGGUACCCCUGAGUUCAUGGCGCCUGAGAUGUAUGAGGAAAAAUACGACGAGUCGGUGGAUGUGUACGCCUUCGGAAUGUGCAUGCUGGAGAUGGCUACCUCUGAGUACCCAUACUCCGAGUGUCAGAACCCCGCUCAAAUCUAUCGCCGAGUCACCAGCGGAGUUAAACCUGGCAGUUUCGACAAGGUAGCCAUUCCAGAGGUGAAAGAGAUCAUCGAGGGAUGUAUUCGCCAAUACAAAGAUGAAAGAUACGCCAUCAAGGACCUUCUGAACCAUGCCUUCUUCCAGGAGGAGACUGGGGUGCGGGUGGAGCUGGCUGAGGAGGAUGAUGGGGAGGUGAUUGCCAUCAAACUCUGGUUACGUAUUGAAGACGUCAAGAAACUGAAAGGCAAAUACAAAGACAACGAAGCCAUCGAGUUUUCCUUCGACCUCCAUCGAGAUGUGCCAGAAGAUGUGGCUCAGGAAAUGGUUGAGUCGGGCUAUGUUUGCGAGGGUGACCACAAAACCAUGGCCAAGGCCAUCAGGGACCGUGUGUCCCUGAUCUGCCGCAAACGAGAGCAAAGACAGCAGGUGCGAGCCAAGCAAGAGAAACGCAAGCAGGAGGAGGAGCAAAAGCAGUUGUCCAGCGAGUCUUUGAAGAACGUGCCCGGCUCUCAAGGUUCUGCACAGAGUCAGUGCGGUUCCCAACCUCCGACCCCUGGCCUCGUCCAGCCUGAGUGGGAGGAGCCUGACGCAGACCAGCAGCUUCAGUACAUGCAAAGUGGAAUUACCUUGGCUGACGGGGCGCUUGACAGUGGUCAGGGUUCAUCCGUGUUCUCAGAACCUCACCCCAGCCAGCUCAGCAUGUCGUAUAGUUCUCCUGCAGCGUCGCAACCCCAGCAGGUGCCUGGACAGGCCGCCUACCCUCCCAGCUCUCAAGCUCCUCAACAGCACACCGCAUACCCCCAGCAGACCAUGCCACAAUCAGUCAGUCAGCCGUACGGUGGAGGAGGCUCAGGUCUGGUCGAGCCCCAGCUCUUUUUCCCCACCAUCCCGGAACGGCCCGUCUCGUUCUCCCCCCCGCCAUCUUGUUCGCCUAAAGCUUUCAACGUGCAGCGCCGCAAGAGCACCUCCAUCCUGGAAGCCCACACGCGUCACUUCCAGCCCGCCUACCAUUGUAGCUACGGCAGCAGCCUGCACCCGUUUUCUGGCAUGGAAGCUCUGGGCCCCGGCUGUGAACCAUCCCUGUUCAUGAUGCCCGGGAUGGCGGCUCAAAGAUUGGCCGAACCACUGCACCUACAGCCCCCAGCAGAACCGCUAUACGGAUAUAAAGACAUGAGGGCCGAGCAAGAGGAAGCUGUGCGCAGACUCAGCCUCAACCAGGCUGCAUUAAUGGACCAUCUGGAAGCCAUGGCCUACAGUGGCUACCCUAUGACUGCACAUCAGCUAAGCCACAUCAGCUUCCAUCAGCAAAUGCAGGUCGCCGCUGCAGCUAGCUUGGCCUAUGAGACUCAAUCACAGCCUGGGCCAGCUUACCUACACCCUCAUGUCCAGAGUCACAUGCGCGUAACCCACAGCCCGAUCCCGCAACUGCCUUCCAUGAGUGUGUCUACCUCUGCCUCUGCGCCGCAACAAACCGCAGCUGCAGAUCCAAGCUAUCAGCCCCAUUCGUUUCCCCAUUCCGCACCACCCGUGCUGGCUCACACAUCUGAGCCGAGCACCACCUUUGAAUUCCACAUGCACAACCUCCAGGCAGACCCAGCCAUGCUGGCAUCCAGACUGUACCGAGCCCGCCGGGGCUCCAUGGACCUUAACCUGGAGGAAGCGUCUGGCAGCCAGGGCUUGUGUGGUCGAUUGCAGCCCGUUACUGAAGAACUGUAUAGCUACGUGAGCCCGGAGCUGCCCCUUCCCCCGGGCAGUCUGCUUCUCCAUGGACCUAAAGAACUCAGUCCUGAACCUUCAAGUGACUCCAUGACCUCCUCCGAUGCUGGGGAGUUCCACUCGCCUCCACCUCAUCCUUUGUUCCAAUCUCAAGAUUGUUCUGCAGCUCAAUCCGUCCCACAAAUGUUGUACUACAAAACAGAUGGAGGGAGCAACAUCAGUGAAGGACACCCACCCAGACAGACGACGUUUCUGUUCGUUCCACCUUCUGAAUCAUCCACCAUUCCGUCCUCGCACAUCAGUGCUCUGCACAGUACCUGGGCCCGUCAACCAUCCCAUCCACCGGACCUCAAAUACCACGAGCCUGCCUUGUCCCAUCAGGGCACUACCUUGGUGCAGAUCCCAAUCCCUCAAUCUACAAGUGCCAUGUCUCUGGUUUCCUGCAGCACCCCAUCAGCCACCUCUGCUUCUCAACAGUAUGGAGGUUACUACAUCCAAGCAAUCCCUUCGCAGGCUGCUGUUCCACAACAGGUUUCUCUGGGGCAGACAUUCCAACCAGGUGUCUCGUUAUCCCAACAGCAAGCUCCCCAACAGCCUCCCAGCACUGUGGUUCAGAGCAGUUCCCAGACACAGGUCCAGCCCACACAGCUACGCUGCGUGCCAACUAUAGCAGGUGCCCCGUUUCCGCAGCAACCUGUGCCUGAAGCGCUGACGUGCCCGGCAGCCGUGCCUGUGCCAGCCACGUCCCCGUCAGCGCUGCCGCCCCAUCUACCCCAAUUGGUACCGCCUCUAGUGACACCUGUGCCAACCAUCCAUGUGGUCACAGUCCCCUCCCCCAACGAACAGCCAUGUUUGCCAGCAGACAACCCAGCGCAGACAUCUCAUAGCGUCUCUCGGACUUUGACGACAGAGCUGUCACAACUCCAAACUCCUGGUGUGGAGAGCUGUCAUUCUGAUGUGGCAUCUGGGCUCAGUGAUGGUAAUGAGGGCGUAACGGGUGGCAGGCAUGAGGGUCGUUCUGCCAAACGGCACCAGCGCAGAUCAGUGCGCAGCCAUUCACGCCAUGAAAAAACCUCUAAGGCCAAGCUCAAUGUUCUUAAUAUCUCCAGCAUGGGCGAUAGAGUUGCGGAGUGUCAAUUAGAAACACACAACAGAAAAAUGGUGACUUUCAAGUUUGAUCUCGACGGCGAUAACCCAGAGGAAAUUGCACAGAUAAUGGUACAAAGUGAAUUCAUUCUAGAGAGCGAGCGCGAGUCCUUCAUCGAGCAGAUUCGAGAGGUCAUAGAAACAGCAGAUGAGAAAGGUGUGGAGAGAGAGCACAGCCAGUCAGUCAGUGAUCACGAGCAGCAUAUGCCCACCACAUCUGCGCCUCUUGAACAAGAUGUGCCACCUAGUUCAGCUGCACUGGUGGUCCACUCGGCAGGACGCAGGUUUAUCGUGAGUCCAGUGCCUGAAUCCAGACUGAAGGAACAGUUCUUUAGCUCACCCCAACCCUCAGUUGAAGAGCCUUCAUCCUCUGUGUCAGUUCCACUGCCUGCCUUGGGGCUUUCUAUGUCAUCGUCUGCAGUCAGUCUACAGCAGGCGUUUUCUGAAUUGCGUCAAGGCCGGUUUGACCCGGGUCCCAGAACUGCGCCGCCUAUGCUCCAUGUCUCCAUGCCCCCUCUGGUUCCCACCGCAGCACCCUUGCCCUCUAGCACCGCCCCAGUGGUCCCUCCCCCAGUGUCUUCUGAAGUGACCUCUGUCUCCAUAAACCCUCCAGGGUCUUCGUCACCUCCUCCUACCCUUCCUGCCUCUGCCAUGACCUCCCCUCCAGCCCAUUCGCAACUCCCUCUGCCUCAAAGUCAGACUGUACCUACCGUCAUCAGUGUUAUUUCCACCACUUCCUCUCUGCCAAUGCCAGCUGUGCCUGCCGCCACAUCCUUCCCCCAAACCUCAGUCCCCAUGCCCAUACCUGCCUGUACUGCUGCCCUGCUCGCUCAUUCCGCGACUCCUAUGGGAUCUGUUUCUGGUGGCAGUAGUGAACAGCCGCCCAUCCCCUCCACUUCAGCUCAGCUCACACCACCGGUCAUCCCCACCACAGCCAUCCAGACGCCGCAGCUCGCACCAUCCACCACCAUGGUCAUUCCCACCUCGGCUGCUCAGUCACAAGUGCCCACCCUCCAGCCGGUUACCACCAAUAUACCAGUCGUGCAGCCCACACCUGUGCACAGCCAACCUCAAACCUCCACCGUGCCCAAUCAGAGCCACGCACAUUGUGUAGAAUGUGACAACGAUCCACAGGGAAAGGGCGUUGAUGACAUUCAGGCUCUGGAUAAAAAACUGCGCUCGCUUUUCAUGGACCUGGGCUCUGGUCCGCCCUCUGCCCAGUCUGAUGUCACAUCUGACCCCAUGGCAGCCCCAAGCGUCCCUGGCACCUCCUCUCCAACUGCCUGCACCACCCCUAGCGGCACACCUCUCCCUCCCUCUAGCUUACCCCUGAACUCCUCUGGUCAGCCAACGGGCUCUCCCAUGACCUCCAUGGGUAAUGCCUCCACCCCAGUCGGCUACAGUCAGACGACUCCAUCCAAAGCGCCGUUAUCAAGAUUACCGGUGUUGCCUGUCGGCCCAGAUCAGGCUGGCACGCCGCCCACAGAGCACCUACCACCCUUCCCAGGACCUUGUUUAACUCAGUCCCAGCAGCCCCUGGAGGAUCUGGAUGCCCAGCUGAGACGGGCGCUGAGUCCAGAGACCGUCCUAAUCAACAGUGUCACGCACCAGUCGUCUCUCACUGGGAUCCCACCCGGAGGACAGCCAGUAUCAUUUUCUCUGGAUGAUGAGUCAGCAGCUGCACCUGCAGCUGGAGGAUACAAACUGGGACGUUUCCAGGUGUCAGCGGCUCCUGAUGAGAACACCCUGCAGGCUCCCACCACCUCCCAGGAAUCAUCCUCCACAUCUUCUUCCUCCACCACCACCACCUCCUCUUCAUCAUCCUCCUCUACUCUCUCUAGCCCUGAAAACACACUACACCGAACCUCCUCUCCCCUUAGAUACACGAAAGUAGAUGAGGUUGAUGGCCUCCCUGCUCUCCCCAGUCGGACGACAACCCAUCCCCAGCCCACCACCAUUGGCCGUUUCCAGGUGACCACCAAGGCGGACACGAAGGUGGGGCGUUUCUCAGUGAGCAGAGCACAGGACGAGGCUCUUGUGGCUAGCUUACAACCCCCAGAACCCCAGCCGGCACCUCCGGCCCAUCCAGCUGUUGGGAAUGGUCCAAGUCCCGGGAGCCUCAACAACUCGGUCAGCUCCUACUUCAGCAGCGACAAUGACUCAGAGUUUGAAGAUGAAGACUUUAAGAGAGAAGUCAGCAAGUUGAGGGAGAAGCACAUGAUGGAGAGUCAGGCUCUGUACACCCGGCAGAAGGCAGAGAUUGAAGCACUGUUCACUCGCUUGGGCAAAGCACCUCCCGCCAUGGUCAACCCUCCCGUUGUAAACCCAGCCGGCCGCAGACGACGUCCCACCAAGAGCAAAAGCAGCAAAUCUAGCCGCAGUAGCUCACAGGGCAGCAAGACUCCUAUACUGCCAGCAACCAGCACUUUAUCUGUGCAGAGCGCUCCCUCUGUGUAUCCGCCUCAGCAGGCCUUCCUGGCCCCUGGGGGGAUGAUAGAUGGGGGGAGCAGCCCUCUGCUCCAGUCCUUCAAACCCUCCCCUUCUAGUGAGAACCUGUGCUCCGCUUACACCAGUGACGCCACGCUCUCUGCGCCCAGUUUGUGUGUCACCUCGCAAGGCUGUGUAAAGUUCAGCUGUGGGUCGGAGAGAGUGACCUUCAAACCAGGUGGCAGGAGGACGCGUUUUCUGAGUACGCCCUGCUUGGCUCUUUGGAAGAUGGUGAAAAAAGUGUGCCCCUGCAACCAACUUUGUAGGACGAGCAGCACCAACACGGUGGCGGGAAACGGUCAGAAUCAAUACCAGCCGCCCGUCUCUCAGUCCCAGAGCUGCAAGGGCAUGUUCACAGACGAGCUGCACAAAUUGGUGGACAACUGGGCCAGGGACGCUAUGACCCUGUCGCAGGGCAAGAGAGGCUCCAGGCACCAACAACAAGUGACUCCUCAGGGCCACAGCUACGAAAUGGUUCCUCCUACCAAUAUGGGCCGUAAGUACUCGGCUCCAGGCCAGCUGUGCCCAAGCAUCGCUUCAACUCUGAGCAGCCACCCGCCCAUGCCCAACACUCCCGCUACCUCUCUGGGGGCCCUGAAGGGCUCCUUGUGUCCCACACCACAGUACGGCUACCCCUCCGCACCUUACAGCGCCCAGUGGGCUGGUUCGGCCACGCACACCCAGGCCGGUCUGCUGGCCACCUCACAACCCCUGGGACAGUAUCCCCAGGUUCCGACCCCUUUACAGACCUUCCACAUCAGCACUUUGCAAAAGUCAGUCAGCCACCCGGGUGGACCCAACCUGAAGACCACGUAGGGCAGGGCCUAGCCGUGCCAGGCCUAAAUAACUCUCGAAUUGGGGGAAGGAAGGGGGACGGAUUGGGCAAGUGUUUGAUUGCAUUGCAGAGAUUCUGUCACAAGAGUUUCCUUUGGGAUGGUUGAGGAAGAUGCCAGAAUCCUCCUGCAUGCUCACAGAUACGCCACGGGGAUGAUGCACAACGAUGCAAAGAAUAAGAGAAGAUGAAAAUAAAACAACGGACACUUAUGUGCAAUGUUACGUGGCCAAAGAAGGUGUGACCAUUUUUAUUGUUAAGAUGUGUAGUGAUGGCAUCCUUCACCACCCAGCCCCAAACAUUUGUCAAGGGGUUCGAGAUUUGCUGACCUAGAAUGGAAUAGAUGCCACUGGCAUCCAUCUGUAUGUCCUCCUGAUAAAUUCAUACAUCAAGCAUGUCAACAAACGGCGGUCGGGUGGGUGACGGUGAGCAGCGAAUAGUCAAACCUAGUGUCCUUGUUCCCCUCUUGCCCUAAACCCUCUGCUGCAAUGCCAUGGAAUAAUGCAAUAAUUACAAUGGUAGAAAAAAGCCCAUUUUAAAACACAGGAAGUGGCCUUCAUUAGAUAAAAUGACAAAAUCCAUGUACAGAUAUCCUUUGUUUUUAAAUUGGGUUAUGAGGGUUUUGAUUUCAUUCAUUUGGUUUGGUUGGUUAGUUGGUUUUUCUUCCCUAUGCCCUUCAAGCCGGCCUUGUGUAGCAGAAUGGUAGGGACAGUUAUUUUUUUGUCAUGUUCAGAGGCCUUUCAGCUGCCCCCCGAGGUUUGUACUACAAAGCUUCUACAAGCAUCCCAGCAUGCUUUGCAGCUAUCCACUCUCUUACCGUCCUCUUCCGGUUUUCUCAUCAGGCCACACCACAAGGUGACGUGUAAAAUGGUGGAUAAAAUCAGUUGGAUUGGGGUUUGGAUACGAAAAUGGGGGUCACGGGAUCUGUCGCCUUGGAGACCUGUGAAGCUUUAAAUCUAUGGCUAAUGAUCAGCUUUUUCUGAUCAUGGCAGCAUUAGGGGCCUCUUACCAUAGUUUGAUCGAGACAUUCAAAUAAGUUGUGUUCUGUAUGGACCUGUAUUUACUCAUCAGUUAUUGAUGUUGAAACACUGUGAUUAUUACAAAUGUUGUUGGACAACAUUAGAUAAGAAAAGUAGACAAAAAAAAAAUGACAUUUUGGAGGGGUUUGGAUAUUAGCGUUCGUGAGAUGUAAGGCUAGCUAUUUCAUUAUUCACAUCUUAUUGGAGACACUUUAACUUUUUUCCCCUUUAUACUUUCUUUAUAAUAUUAGAUAAAUGUGAAUGUAAAAUGGAUUCAAUUAAUGUACUUGAAGAAACAAAUCUUUCCCUCUUUCCCUACGCCCAGUGAGCUUUCUGAAGAUUCUAGUGCCUUGCGUUAUUUUUGUUUUUGUUUUUUGGAGUCGGGGUUUGAUAUGUAAGGCAGCGGAGAGUCUCAAGCGUUGCACUUGGUUGGAGUGCUGGUCUUUGGACUUCACAGAGGGUGAAAUGAGGUGCUGUUUUGGAUGCCGUUUUGAAUUGGCUACGACUGAAACCAUUUGAUGGCACAGUCCUAGUCUUUUGGGAAGUCGAAAGCUUCAUAUAUACGGUGUGCAAACACAAUCCAGCCAUUAUAUCACAUUCAAAGGCUGUGGAAGUGCUUGAGGGUUGCGUUUUAGAUACUUCAUCAAUCUACCUUAGUAUGCAAGUGUAAGUGUGCCUAUCAUCAGUGCACCCUUUCUAGCGUAGACGAGUCAUUUAAAAUGCUAUUGACAACCAGUCUGUUUUCCAGAUGGAUUCUCAAAAGGUGUGAACGGUUCUUGUUAAGGUGAAGGAUCGGCUCAGAUAGAAACGCAGGAUGAGGAAAGUUAGUACGCAUGGGACAGUAUGUUGUAAGUACUUCAAAACCACCAAUAGCUUAGAUGUUUUUCUAGCACUGCUUGAUCGGUUUUGACACCAUCCAGUGCCAAACCCUCUCCGGUCUGCGAAGAGAGACACGUUUUAGCAACAGAUGUGACGGAAAGUGUAACUUCAUGAGCGAGAAAAGGACCAGAAAGGUGGGAAAAAGACAGUUAGCAACCUUCACCGGCACAAGAACGCCACUCUCUGCCAAAACAGCACUGUCGAAGACUAAUUCUCGCUGGUUUCUCAUCAAUCCGCUUCUUUUGAACUCUCACUGCCCAUGUAAGUUCUCAAGUCACUGUACUGGCAACGGCCUUUGGUUUUAUGGCAGAUCAGUAGCUUCAUUUUGGGGGAUCUCAACUCUCUCUUUUUGUAGCAGUCAGUCAAAUCACUCUUGUAAAUGCUUUAGUUUAUUCAAAAUACUAGACCUGCAGUGUCAAACUAACUUUUAGUGUCAUGUUCAGCACAUUAAGCUGUGCAGAUGAAUCGAGAACAGUCCUGAUCCACCAGAAACUAAUGUAGAUUCUUAGAGCAUUUUAUUUGGGGUACAAAAGCAUAGUGGAGAUGCUCAUCAAAUUAACUACUGAAAGGGUGUAGAUUACAGCUCGUUACAUACUGCUUAGUGUGUCGUCUGUGUGAAACGUCUGGUACAGGAACUUCACUUUAGGUCAACUGUACAGUUUAGAUUCUCAACUGGCUCUCUGUUUAAAAUACGAUCGUUUUACCUUUAUCUCUUGCUUUGUACGCAACGCUUUACCUGUAGACAGCUCGUUUUUACCCACUUUGUCAUUUGGUUCGUUCAAACUGUGAACACAUCAGAAGGUCUUUAACAAAGAGGUCCAACCUGCUCAGUGUUCAGGCUAAUGAAAUCUGUGUAAUACUACCUUCUGAGUGCCAUGUCCCUGUUCCAGAUAUGAUGCAAGUGUUAAUUUGCUCUCGCUGUAAGAAACAGGUCCCCCUGUUUGACUGUAGAGGGCGCUUAUGUAACUGCAGUGCAGGAUGUACAACAAAAUGAGAUUUACCUCUGACCUCUGAUGUAAAUGAUACAGCACCUUGGAAAAUGUAAAAAAAAAAAAAAAAAAUUUUUUUUCAUCAAACUGAAUGUCUAUCGAUACUGAAUGGCUCGUUCGCACAUCAGCACGCUACAAACGCA